AUGAACGAGCACGUUGUUCCAGUAACAGAACUUUGUUUUGAUGGUAAUAUGGCAGAUAAUUGGAGCUUUUUCGAACAAAAAUUUAAAAUAUUUUUGGAAGCCAGCAAGCUUAAUGAGGAGAACGACAGUUUGCAAGGCAGCGUGCUGUUGAAUCGAAUUGGAGACCGGGCUCUUCGUAUUUAUAACAAUUUCGAGUGGUCUUCAGAUGAAAGUAAAACUUCUUGUAAAGUUAUUCUAACAAAGUUUAAAGAGUACUUUACACCUUCCAAAAAUGUCACAUAUGAACGAUACUUAUUUUUCACUCAAGACAAGAUAGGGCUACAGACAUACGACUUAUAUGUAACAGAACUGAGACAGCUUGCAAGUACCUGUGAAUUCGACACUCUAACUGACAGUUUAAUACGUGAUCGUCUAAUCCUUGGAAUCUCAGAUGUUUCAUUAAAGGAUAGAUUGUUACGAGAACAAGGUUUAACACUGAGCCGUGGAUUAGAAAUAUGCAGAGCUGCUGAGGUGGCAGCAAGACAGUUGAGUGUUAUUAGCGGAGCCAAUAGUAGCCAAUCGUUAAAAGUUCUAGAGAUACAAAAGCAGAAAAAACAUCAAUCAAAUAGAAGCCAGCAGCUUAAACCUGUUCCUCAAUGUACAUCUGAUUGUGGUCAGUAUUUCCGAAAUCAUCCCCAGAUGUCAGGAAAUCAAAAGAUAAAAACCCAUAUAUCUUCAGAUUCAGAUAUUACACUUAACCCUGUAGGUGGCAAUGAAAGCAUAUGCAACUUACAAGAUAUUCCUGUUAUUACAGAAGAAAAUCUACUUUCGGAUUUUAGAAUUCAACUUCCAGAAAACGUUGAUAUUACAAAUAAAAUAAAAGAAGUCACAGAAGAUACAAUGACAGAAGAUAUUCAAUCAACAUCCAACAAUUUGCCUUUAAAUCAGUGGUCAGAAGGACUUUCGUCAAAGCUGCACAUUUCAAAUGCUCACAUUUCGGAUUCUGGAAACUACUCGUGUGUACCAACCAUCGCUGGAUCGACUAGUGUAAACGUACAUGUUAUUAACGGUGAACACCCGGCAGCAAUGCAACACGGCAACAAGAACACAGCCUCUCUGUCUCUCUCGAUUCAAGGCACGAUUGUAUAUAGCAUCUUCGUUAUAGUAAUGAAGCAAGUCAGAUGAAACCUCUUGUAAAUACGACUCUAUCAUUUGUCAACCCUCAUUUCUGAACAAUCCUUUAACCUUCAUCACAA